AUGGCACAAGCACAGGAUAAUGGGUAUCGUUAUAUAAUCCAUAUGAGAGACCAUUUUACGAAGUUUAGUUGGGCAACAGCUGCAAAACAAAAAAAGGCGGAAAAUGUGUCUAAAUUUCUUUAUGAUGUUUUCUUAAUGUUUGGUCCACCAAUGAUACUACAAUGUGAUAAUGGGAAAGAAUUUACCGGAAUAAUGAAUAAACUCGAAGAUUUAUGGCCAAACCUGAGAAUUAUUCAUGGUCGACCUCGCCAUCCUCAAUCGCAAGGUUUAGUGGAGAGGGGCAAUGCUAUAUUAAAGAAAAAAAUUGCCAAGUGGAUGGAAACCCACAAGCGAACAGACUGGACAAGUGCCUUAGGUCGUGUUGUGUACGCAAUGAAUUGUGAAGUGUGUAGAACCACUAAGUUUAGUCCAUAUCAGUUAGUGUUUGGAAUCUCACCAAUUAACGACAGAGUAUUGCUGGAAGAAUUAUUCGAAGCUGGUUCAAUGAAGGAAAUUAAUGCUGGAAACGACGUCGAAAUUGAAAAUAUUACAGAUGACGAGAUUGAGGAUGAAGAAAUAGAAGACAAUAGUACUAUUAUUGAUGAUUGUGACAGUAUCAACAGUUUUUAUCAAUCAUGUACUGAUGAUGCCGUUGCAACAUCGAACAUUGAUAACGAUUCAGAUAAUAUGGAAGUCGUUAGAGAAGAUAAUGUAAGCUUUUCUGACAGCGAAGAAGAUAUUGAAGAAAACAUUUUUGAUGGACCUCGCGGCGAAUUUAGCUAUAAAUGGGAUGAGUUUCAGCAACUGUUGAUUAAUGUUUUUGGGGAUCAAACUGAACCACCGGACGUACCGAGAAAGUACAUUGCAGACGCAAUUGUAGAAAUUGGGAUCAUUGAGACGAAUGAAAAUCAUACGCCUGAUUCAAUGCUGAAUUGGAGAGCUAAACUGAAUGACUGGUUAUAUGUAAUGAGCCAGAUGAGAAUUACGCGCAAAUUAAAUAAAGGAAAGAAACAAAGCAAUCCCGUCCCCAGGCCUGUCACGAAGUUUAAAGGCAAAAACAUUGAGGCAGACUUUUUUUCCCAUCCCGAAUAUGCAAUUCCUUGGAAUCAACUUAGAAGUAUGUGGAUUGUUUACUUUGGAGUGCAAGAUGGAUUUCCUGAAGGCAUUACUGUGGAGGAAAUUCGAAAAGCCUUAAGAAAUUGCGAGCGUUAUGAAGACAACCCUGGAGUAAACUCUGAAGAAAUGCGUAAAUGGAAGGACAAGUUUUCAAAGUGGAUAAACAUGUCCACUGAAAACUGUACUCAGGAAGAAUCGGAACUGGAUAACAGUUUUUCUGACAACAACAGCGAUGAAGAAGCAGAGGCAGGCCAUAGUAAAACUCCAUUAACUCAGCAUGCGAAACUAAGACAAAUUGCUGAACGAAAUACGGAGAAGGUUCGAAGGGAAAUAAAAGAACGACUCCUUUCUAAGGCUAAUGUAACAAAGAAAGACCUUCAGACAGGAACUAUA